GCGCGGCGCCGGCGGGGGUGGGCGGGCACGCCGGGCGGCAGGUGUCGGCGGCGCAGGCAUUCGGCGGCGAUGGAGCGGCCCCGGGGAGCUGCGGACGGCCUCUCGCGCCGGCCCCACGGCCUCGGCCUCUUCCUCCUCCUCCUCCAGCUGCUGCCGCCGACCUGCCUGGGCCAGGACCGGCUGGACGCGCCGCCGCCGCCCGCGGCGCCGCUGUCGCGCUGGACCGGCCCCGUCGGGGUGAGCUGGGGGCUGCGCGCGGCCGCGCCCGGGGGCCCGUUUCCCCGCGGCGGCCGUUGGCGCCGCAGCGCCCCCGACGGGGACGAGGACUGCGGCGGGAUCCGGGACUCGGUGGCCAGGCUGACCAACAACACGCACCAGCAUGUGUUCGAUGACCUCAGUGGAUCAGUGUCCUUGUCUUGGGUUGGAGACAGCACUGGAGUCAUUUUGGUUUUGACUACCUUCCAUGUGCCACUGGUAAUUAUGACUUUUGGACAAUCCAAGUUAUAUCGAAGUGAGGACUAUGGAAAGAACUUCAAGGAUAUUACAAACCUGAUCAACAACACCUUCAUUCGGACAGAAUUUGGCAUGGCGAUUGGUCCUGAGAACUCUGGGAAGGUGAUUUUGACAGCAGAAGUGUCAGGAGGAAGUCGAGGAGGCCGCAUCUUCCGAUCAUCAGAUUUUGCCAAGAACUUUGUUCAGAUCAAUCUUCCUUUCCAUCCUCUCACUCAGAUGAUGUACAGUCCCGAGAAUUCUGACUAUCUUUUAGCUCUCAGCACUGAAAAUGGCCUGUGGGUGUCCAAGAAUUUUGGGGGAAAAUGGGAAGAAAUCCACAAAGCAGUGUGUUUGGCCAAAUGGGGACCAAGAAAUAUCAUCUUCUUUACCACCUUUUCGAAUGGCUCCUGCAAAGCUGAUCUUGGUGCACUGGAAUUAUGGAGAACUUUAGACUUGGGGAAAAGCUUCAAAACCAUUGGUGUGAAAAUCUACUCAUUUGGUCUUGGGGGACGUUUCCUUUUUGCCUCAGUGAUGGCCAAGGAUACCACAAGAAGGAUUCAUGUGUCAACAGACCAUGGGACCACAUGGAGCAUGGCCCAGCUUCCUUCUGUGGGGCAAGAGCAAUUCUAUUCUAUUCUGGCAGCCAACGAUGACAUGGUGUUCAUGCACGUAGAUGAACCUGGAGACACCGGAUACGGCACAAUCUUCACUUCUGAUGACCGAGGGAUUGUCUAUUCCAAGUCACUGGACCGGCAUCUCUACACCACCACAGGUGGAGAGACGGACUUUACCAACGUGACUUCCCUUCGUGGGGUCUACAUAACAAGCGUGCUCUCCGAAGAUAAUUCCAUCCAGACUAUGAUCACUUUUGACCAAGGAGGACGAUGGAAGCACCUGCGGAAGCCUGAGAACAGCGAAUGUGAUGCCACAGCAAAAAAUAAGAACGAGUGCAGCCUUCAUAUCCAUGCCUCCUACAGCAUCUCCCAGAAACUCAACGUGCCGAUGACCCCCCUCUCAGAGCCCAAUGCCGUGGGCAUAGUCAUCGCCCACGGUAGCGUUGGCGAUGCCAUCUCAGUGAUGGUCCCAGAUGUGUACCUCUCUGAUGAUGGGGGUUACUCCUGGAUGAAGAUGCUGGAGGGACCCCACUAUUACACGAUCCUGGACUCUGGAGGCAUCAUCGUGGCCAUUGAGCACAGCAGCCAUCCUAUCAAUGUGAUUAAGUAUUCCACAGAUGAAGGUCAGUGCUGGCAGACCUACUCCUUCACCAGCGAGCCCAUCUACUUCACUGGCCUGGCCUCAGAACCUGGAGCUCGGUCCAUGAACAUCAGCAUCUGGGGUUUCACGGAAUCAUUCCUGACACGCCAGUGGAUCUCCUACACCAUUGACUUUAAAGAUAUUCUUCAGAGGAACUGUGAGGAGAAGGACUACACCAUAUGGCUGGCCCACUCCACUGACCCCGGAGACUAUGGCGAUGGCUGCAUUCUCGGCUACAAAGAACAGUACCUGCGGCUCCGCAAGUCCUCCGUCUGUCAGAAUGGACGGGACUACGUGGUCACCAAGCAACCAUCCAUCUGUCCCUGCUCCCUGGAGGACUUUCUCUGUGAUUUUGGCUACUACCGUCCGGAAAAUGACUCCAAGUGUGAGGAACAGCCAGAGCUGAAGGGCCACGACCUCGAGUUUUGUCUGUAUGGGCGAGAAGAGCAUCUGACGACCAACGGGUACCGGAAGAUUCCUGGAGACAAGUGCCAGGGCGGAGUGAAUCCAGUUCGAGAAGUCAAAGACUUGAAAAAGAAGUGCAUAAGCAACUUUUUGAGUCCAGAAAAGCCACACUCCAAGUCCAAUUCGGUUCCAAUCAUCCUGGCCACUGUGGGGCUGAUGCUGAUCUCAGUCAUAGCGGGCGUGCUCGUUGUGAAGAAAUACGUGUGCGGGGGGAGGUUCCUGGUGCACCGGUACUCUGUGCUGCAGCAGCAUGCAGAGGCCAACGGCGUGGACGGCGUGGAUGGUCUGGAUGCGGCUUCUCAUGCUAACAAGCGUAGUUACCAUGAUGACUCCGACGAGGACCUUCUGGAAUAACUCGGCAGAGGAGCUGGGCCGAGCGUGGAUGGUGGAACCGCAGUACCUCUCAACACUCCCUGUGGCUACGACUUAGGGAAAUAAAUUCCCCAUUUCCAGGGACCCAGCUCCGUUUCUGCUGCUUCCAUCAGAGCCUAAAGGACCGACCGACACUAAGGAAAUCAGGGGGUGGGGGGUGGGGGUGGAGGGGCUCCCUAAAAACUCCUUACAGUUGGCUGUAAAGAGAGGGAAGAGGUUUUUAAUUCUUUAACUUUUUCUUUCAAGUUCUGUCUUUCUGCAAAGUACGGGCUCUUUCGGCUUAAACUUGGAUCUCCAAGGGAAGGAACUGGAGUGUGAGGGGAAUGCUUCCCCCGCCCGGCUGCUGCUGCAUGCGUGCAUGGCGCCUGCCCAGGGCACCUGCCGGCUCCGGCGUCAG